UCAGCUGCCAACUUGGUUUUCGAAUUUCGACGUCGAACUUUAUUCGUGUUUGUGUUCUAGUUUUUAUCCUAUUUUAUUAGGAGAAAGUGGUUGAUACUCAUUACUUAGACCUCUUCGCAGCAAUAGAUCAGUUAUUUAACCUUUCAGUGACCAACUUUAAUUUAUAGAAAAAUGUCUCCCCUUCGUGAACCUACAGUAGUAGGGGUGCCAAACUUUAACGCCUCAGAAGAUGCAGCAACAUUACGGGCGGCGAUGAAAGGCUUGGGCACUGAUGAGGAGGCCAUCAUAGCAAUUUUGACCACACGCUCCAAUGCCCAACGUCAGGCAAUCUCACAGGCAUUCACCCAUGAGUAUGGGAGGGAUAUCAUCGAAGACCUAAAGUCGGAGCUGGGCGGCCACUUCGAAGACGUGAUCGUCGCGCUGAUGAUGCCGCCCGCGGAGUACCUGUGCCGCGAGCUGCACCACUGCAUGGAGGGACUGGGCACGGAGGAGGAGGUUCUCGUUGAGAUCCUGUGCACGCGCACCAAGCCCGAAAUAGCGGACAUCGUGGACACUUACGAGCGAUUGUACAAUCGGCCGCUGGCAGAACACAUGUGCUCGGAGACCUCGGGGGAUUUCCGACGUCUCCUCACCCUCAUCGUCACAGGCGCACGCGACGAGGAAGCUGGCGUGGACCCCGCACGCGCGGCCGAAGCCGCCCAGCAGCUGUACGACGCGGGGGAGGCCAAGUGGGGCACCGACGAGGAGAUCUUUAACAAGAUCUUAGCCCACGAGAGCUUCGCGCAGCUGCGUCUGAUCUUCGAGGAGUACAAGAACCUGUCGGGCCGCACCAUCGAGCAGGCCAUCAAGGCGGAGAUCGACGGAGAGCUGAAAGAUGCCCUUUCGGCUAUAGUGGAGUGCGUGGAGAGUGCUCCGGCGUGGUUCGCGGGCCGCCUGCGCGCCGCCAUGCAGGGCGCGGGCACCGACGACCGCACGCUCAUCCGCAUCGUGGUCUCGCGCUCCGAGCUCGACCUGGGCGCCAUCAAGGCGGAGUACGAGCGCCUCUACGACAAGACGCUCGAGAGCGAAGUGCGGGUACGUCAGGUGGAGUGCGUGGAAAACGCCGCGGCCUGGUUCGCCCAGCGCCUGCGCACCGCCAUGCAGGGCGCGGGCACUGAGGACAAGACCCUGGUGAGGAUCAUCACCAGUCGCGCGGAGAUUGACCUGGCGGCCAUUAAGAGAGAGUAUGAGCGGCUCUACGAUAAGACACUGGAGAGUGAUAUAUCGCAGGGCGAGACUUCCGGUGACUACAAGAGGGCGCUGGUGGCACUCCUCGGGCCAGCUUAGACGUCGAGAGGACGCCGACGGAGCCCUACGCCGAGUCGUGCCACUUGAAAAAUCUGUUAUGAAUGCAGCUUUUGUAGUGUCUGUUGUAAUCUGUUUUUAUGACUCAAAAACCAUCGGUCAACUAAUACUAGAUAUUAUAGAAUGUAAACUAUCGCGAGCCCAGUUCAUUUUACAAGUGUAAUUGGCGGUUUGACUCACGUGAUUUUUUUAUGGAAAUUAGUUUCGAACCCAAAAACGUACAAUUUUAGUUACGAAGUCAUGCCUAAAACACGUAGAUACUCAUAAUUUACAUCGACACCACAAUACAAACUGUGUUAAUACUCAAUUUUCUAAUAAGUUUUUUUGUUCUUGUAUGUUUUUUUAUAUCUGUAUUCCACUACAAGUUAGCCCUUGAUUGCAAUAUUUCCUGGUGGUAAGUGAUGAUGCAGUCUAAGAUGG